AAUGGGGAGAAAAUGUGAAGGAGCUGACUAAACCAGGAGGACUGAACAACGGAGGAGGAGUGGACGGCAUGGAGACCGAGGGAGCUGCCACCGCCCACGUACAGGUAACACCCACCACAGGGUCCCAAUGAAACAGACCACAGGGUCCCAAUGAAACAGACCACAGGGUCCCAAUGGAACAGACCACAGGGUCCCAAUGAAACAGACCACAGACCACAGGGUCCCAAUGAAACAGACCACAGGGUCCCAAUGAAACACAGCACAGACCACAGGGUCCCAAUGAAACAGACCACAGACCACAGGGUCCCAAUGAAACAGACCACACACCACAGGGUCCCAAUGAAACAGACCACAGACCACAGGGUCCCAAUGAAACAGACCACACACCACAGGGUCCCAAUGAAACAGACCACACACCACAGGGUCCCAAUGAAACACAGCACACACCACAGGGUCCCAAUGAAACAGACCACACACCACAGGGUCCCAAUGAAACAGACCACAGACCACAGGGUCCCAAUGAAACACAGCACAGACCACAGGGUCCCAAUGAAACAGACCACAGGGUCCCAAUGAAACACAGCACAGACCACAGGGUCCCAAUGAAACAGACCACAGGGUCCCAAUGAAACAGACCACAGGGUCCCAAUGAAACAGACCACAGGGUCCCAAUGAAACACACCAGUCUGUGUGUUCUGUCUCACCAUAAUACCUCAGGUUUUGUGCCUUGGUUGUCAGUUUAUAUAUAUAUAUAUAUAUAUAUAUAUUUUUUUUUAGAUGUUAUUAAAAUUGCAGCUUUUAUAAGUAUUGGUAUACAUAUGCAUGCACUUUUCCUCAACACAAAUGAAACAAAGUAUCUUUGAUAAAGUGGACCAAUAAAAAAACGAUUUAGUAGCAUCAUGGGUGACUAGUAUUUCAAAGGUAUUCACUCACCUCAGUACAUCACCUAAUAUAAAAACAAAGGUCCACAUUGUGAGGAUGUUGUAUAGUUUUCCCUCCUGUAGUAAGUAAACCAGUCUGAAUGCAAGGAUCCAGUUUCUGCCUACAUGACGCCUUUACUGAGUUUCACAAUUACUCACCAAUAAAUGGAAGGCAACUUCCUUCAUCAGUACUUGUCUUUUCACUUGUCUCAUCAGAAAGGUACCGUCCUAAUAUUCCCUGAUUAGUAAGAUAUUAGGCAGGGUCCACAUUGGUCAUUGAUACAGAUGAAAACAGUUUUGCAUUCAAAUAAAACCUUCUUGAUAUGAGUUUUGAAUAUGGAGUUUCCUUCCGUUUUGUUGGUACCACAUGGUGGCUGUCUAUCUCGUUUUCACCGUCUACCUGCAUUUGCUUCAAUAUCAGCUGCUGUUCAACGUCCCUAAGCCUUUACCUAUGCCUGUUCAACGUCCCUAAGCCUUUACCUAUGCCUGUUCAACGUCCCUAAGCCUUUACCUAUGCCUGUUCAACGUCCCUAAGCCUUUACCUAUGCCUGUUCAACGUCCCUAAGCCUUUACCUAUGCCUGUUCAACGUCCCCUUUACCAUGCCUGUUCAACGUCCCUACCUUACCUAUGCCUGUUCAAACGUCCCUAAGCUUGUUCCGUUACUAAGCUUACUAGCCAUGUUCAACGUCCCUAAGCCUUUACCUUACUUGCUUCAACGCCCUAAGCCUUUACCUAUGCCUGUUCAACGUCCCUAAGCCUUUACCUAUGCCUGUUCAACGUCCCUAAGCCUUAUAUUCUAAUUUGGGGAAAAACCCUUGACUGACGUUGGUUUGAACAGAAUGUCAUUCUGAGACACGGAGGACGGAGUGCCCUCACCUCAUGUCUAUGAUGAAUGGUUACGCUGAGAAGUCCACAUGUUGCUGCAGAUGUCCACAAAGUUUUUAAUGUUCUUACUAUCACGACUGAGCCAGAAUGAUCUAUGCUAUCAUGAAGAUAAUUGAAAUAACUUUAACAUUUGACUCAACCCAGAACUCGAGUGAAAGAUGUUUGAGUUGAUCCACCAGUUGCACAUUUCUUAAUGACUUCACAUUUCAUUUAUUAUUCAAAAGACAUUAGCAGAUGGACUGCUGCACGUCAUUAUUUAUUUUACCACAUUUUACCAGGUUGUACCAGAGACUUAUGCUUCUCAAUAUAAGGCCGAUCCGGGUUGUACUGGUAUAUACAAUUGUGCUUGAAACUCUGUUCCUAGUUCUUACACGUGAACAUACAUGAACACAUAAUCCAGAAAAUUGUGGAGCAAUCAAAUGCAACACAGGCUUAUGAAUGUCUUCAGAACAGGGCCUAAAACAAACUUUAUUUGUCUACCAGCAACUUUUUUUGUCUUUUUACCAGACAAAAUAUUUUUACUGCAUUAAUUACACACACAAAAAAACACUAAACAAAAUGGAUGAGUAUUCAUAGUAAUGUUUCUAAAACAAGGAAUGUAUUACUAUUAAGAAUGAAUGUGUUAUAUUGCUCAAUGACAUUUUAAUAUUUUGUGGCCUGAGUCUUUAAACCAAAAUAUCACAGAUGAGACAAAUGUUCAGCUGCCCCUUUAAGGUUACCUUGGUAACGGGUCGCUCAAGUCUUCACAUGUGCCUUAGUGGUGCGCGACUGCAGGAUUUUUGGAAUCGACUCCCCAACACCUGUGGUUGGAGUCCAAGGAGUUGACUCUUGCUCGACUCCCCCAACACCUGUGGUUGGAGUCCAAGGAGUUGACUCUUGCUCGACUCCCCAACACCUGUGGUUGGAGUCCAAGGAGUUGACUCUUGCUCGACUCCCCAACACCUGUGGUUGGAGUCCAAGGAGUUGGAAUCGACUCCCCAACACCUGUGGUUGGAGUCCAAGGAGUUGACUCUUGCUCGACUCCGAAAACACGCUGAAACGGCACCUCACUAUUACAGCGUCCUACUGGGAAGAAUACAUUGGCUUUCCAGAGGACUGGCAUGAUGCAUGAUGCUGCCCAUUAGCUCUUCAACUUAGCCUAUAAAAGGCCUAGAAUAUUUCAGUGAUGUUUCUGCUGUGUGCAGACAUGACAGAUCCCAUGGGAUGAUGCUACACGCUCUAAACUGAUAAGCCUAUUCUUUGUUAUAUAGCCCAAUUGGACGGGUAUUACUAUAGACGUUGAUUAUGUAAUUAUUAUCCAAGCAUGUGCGUUAUUCCAGAGAAUGAUUCACACAGGAUUAGUUUUCCCAAACUGCCCCCCUGUAAUUAUUUUUAUUUUUUUAUUUGAUUUAAUUGACUCAUGACGGAAGCCAGGAGGUUUUUAUUGUAGGCUGGAGAUAUUUCUACGUCAUGUCCAGAUGAUAAGAGGCUACACUGCUUGGCUGCCAGAUAUCCCCAUAAUAUUUAAAUUGAUGGAAGUGUGAUCAUAAUCAUUAUUUUAGCAAUCCAUGGUGGUCCUAGUAUAUACAAUUGUGGUCCUCUGUAGCUCAGCUGGUAGAGCACGGCGCUUGUAACGCCAGGGUAGUGGGUUCGAUCCCCGGGACCACCCAUACACUCAUGCGCACAUGACUGUAAGUCGCUUUGGAUAAAAGCGUCUGCUAAAUGGCAUUAUUAUUAUUAUUAUGGUAGACGUCCUUCCUAAUAACAUUGCCCCCCCCCCCCCCCCAUCCUGCUGAUUUUGAGCUGCUGAACCGUAUUUGCACUUGAGAUUUCCCAAAAACUUUAGCGAGGAUGCCUGGCUUUGCGAUCUAUUGCCUAGCACAGGGCUCUCUAACCCUGUUCGUUGGAGGGCUACCGUCCUAUAGGUGUUCACCCUAAUCUAGCGCAUCUCAUUCUAAUAAUUAGCUGGUUGAUCAGCUGAAUCAGGUUAGUUACAACUGGGGUUGGAGCGAAAACCUACAGGAGGGUAGCUCUCCAGGAACAGGGUUUGGGAGUCCUGACCUUAGCAGCCAGCCAGGGUUUCAUUAAAUAAGCUAUAAGCGCAAUACUUUUUUAAAAUUAAACUGAUGCGUUUGGUGAUGUUCAACAUCAAUUCACUGGCACUAUGAAAAAUAGCUUAGCCAUACUCAUUGAUGGCCUAAUAUAUACUUUGGGUGAAUUUACGAGGCAUUGCUUGACAAGAUAUUGUGAGAUACCGAUGACCAAGAUAUAGCCGAUCCGCACUGUUCUGACUGUCUGACUGUCUGUCUGUCUGCCCAGAUCCUCUCUCUCCUGUUCUGACUGUCUGUCUGCCCAGAUCCUCUCUCUCCUGUUCUGACUGUCUGUCUGCCCAGAUCCUCUCUCUCCUGUUCUGACUGUCUGUCUGUCUGCCCAGAUCCUCUCUCUCCUGCUCUGACUGUCUGUCUGCCCAGAUCCUCUCUCUCCUGUUCUGUCUGUCUGCCCAGAUCCUCUCUCUCCUGCUCUGACUGUCUGUCUGCCCAGAUCCUCUCUCUCCUGUUCUGUCUGUCAGCCCAGAUCCUCUCUCUCCUGUUCUGACUGUCUGUCUGCCCAGAUCCUCUCUCUCCUGUUCUGUCUGUCUGCCCAGAUCCUCUCUCUCCUGUUCUGACUGUCUGUCUGUCUGCCCAGAUCCUCUCUCUCCUGUUCUGACUGUCUGCCUGCCCAGAUCCUCUCUCUCCUGUUCUGUCUGUCUGCCCAGAUCCUCUCUCUCCUGCUCUUUCUCUUAGCUAUGAAAAACGCUAGUGUGUGUUUUCAGUUUUCGGUCUGUUGUGUGUAGAAUAGCUCAGCUUACUCAUUGAUAGCCCAUACUUUUAGUGAAUUUGUGCGAGACAUCGCAAGCCAAGAAAUUGCGAAAUACAGCAUUGCGAUUAGCCUACAGCCUACCUACAUCUUUUGAUUACCGAUGCACGGUUCCUGGCGGAAUCGACGCUUGACACCCAGGAAUGUGAGUCGACACUGGCAGUCGACGGGCAAGGAGUCGGACUCUAUAAUCUUUUGGAGUCGACUCCACCGCUUGUGUGCCUGUGAUAAUCUCACUGAUGGAGGACGACGACUUGUCUUCGCUAGCAGUGGAAGCAAACUCGAAACAUUUUAAACAGUUGUGAACAAAACAAUGUAAAUAUCCAAGGAACAUUAGAAUAGUCUCACGUUUAGCAGUCAGGCCAACUUGUAUUCCUCUACGCAUUACUUCCUAAAAACAAAUAUUUCAGCACUUCACUCACAGUGCACUCAGACCCCCCAGCAGGCAGUGUUGCUGCACGAGGUGGGAUAGCUAUAACGUUAGGAUUCACAUUUCUUUGUGCUUUACCAGAUAUGAAACAAAAUGGCAGAAAUAUUUUGAAUACAGCUACUGCUGCAUUUAUUUUUUGCGUGAAUCACUACUUGCACGUGCCCACACUUGACUUUGGACUAUUUGUAUGAAAUGCUAGAAAUUAAUGACAGAUUUCUUAAAUGAUCUUUGAUUAAUUCUGACUAUUUUGAGGAAGUGUAUACUAGACACCAGUCGAACUGAAGCAUGCUGAUGCCUUUACCCGCCAAUGCCAAAUCCUACCUGCGGGUGCUAAUUUUAGUCCCUGCUUCAGAAUCAUUGGGACUUUAUAGAAGAGAUGAACACAUGCUCAUUAGAAGGAAGAGAAGAUGAUCAAAUCCUCUAAAUGUCCUCUUUGCUGUAUCUCAUUUUCCAGGAAAAGGUAGGAAUUUACUGCAAUAUUUUAUUAACAGCAUAUAUAUAUAUAUAUAUAUAUAUAUAUAUAUAGGUAAAAAUAAGUUGUCAAACUUGCCUAAACAUCCUUUAUUAAAAUCUAUAACAAAAAAAAAACAUUUAUUUGCUAGAUGUGUAUGCCGCAUAAUGUUGCUCAACCAAGGUUUGCUGUUCACUACCUCAUUAUACGUUUCAAAUACUUAAUAUCUCCUCGUUCAGUAUCAGGGCCAUACCGUCUAACCCUGAAAACCACUCCACCCUGAAACUGUCUACCACGUUCCACAACUGGUCUUAUCUGGCAGCUUGUUUUAGUCAACCAAACAACUUGAGGUUAUCACCCAGGUAGGUGAAAUGAGGUGAACCUGGAAGAUACUUUUUAACUCUCAACAUCUUUCACAAAGACACCUGCAGUGGCCUUUUUUUUUUUUUUGUAGUCCCAAAAUCCGUGACUCCAACUGACACAUUGUCAGGAUCGUCAGUCUCAUGAGGCCUCACUAAGGUGAGUGUUUCUGGACGUGGACAUCGGAGGUCCGUCCCUCGCUGGGACUGUACUGAGGAACCUCUCCAAUGGCUGACAGGUAAAGGUGACGCUCCCGUUUGGAAUUUACCGGAUUGCUGUCGUGAUAUUUGGGGUCAAGUCCCAGGAACAACUGAACGAGCCACAGUUGCUCUGAUGAAUCUAAUCACAAUUGAAGUUGCAACAAAGGAACUGAAAUUGGCGUCAGAGCAGAACCGUUAGUGUGCAUUAUGUUGAUCCUGCGAUAUCAGAUGAUAUCUUUACUACUUUACAAUAUUCCAGAGCUUAUCUCUGUAGUUCUUUCAUGAGGCGCUCUCUGUGGGCCAUAGUCAUGAGGUGAGCUCAAACAAUGUUUUUCCAAUGUCUAUAUUGAUUAGGUUACUCAAUGUCCAGGACUCACAGCUGAUCACAAUGUAUGAAAUGACCGUUGAUCACUGUCUGACACCUAGCCGUGUGUUUUUCAGGCCAUAUCAAACGAUAUUGAUCAGGGUAUGUACUUUCCAUAGUUGCAGUGAAAGAUUCCUAAACAUAUUUAUUCAUUAAAACAUAUUCAACAGUAAGGAAACAGACAAUAAUGUUCUCAAAUGUGGGGGGGUUAAGAAAAGACUCUUGGCCACUGUGGGGGGGGGGGGGGUUAAGAAAAGACUGUUGGCCACUGUGGGGGGGGUUAAGAAAAGACUGUUGGCCACUGUGGGGGGGGUUAAGAAAAGACUGUUGGCCACUGUGGGGGGGUUAAGAAAAGACUGUUGGCCACUGUGGGGGGGGUUAAGAAAAGACUGUUGGCCACUGUAGGGGGGGGGGGGUUAAGAAAAGACUGUUGGCCACUGUGGGGGGGGUUAAGAAAAGACUGUUGGCCACUGUAGGGGGGGGGGGGGGGUUAAGAAAAAGACUGUUGGCCACUGUGGGGGGGGGGGGAGGAAGCUCCUGAGUGGCGCAGUGGUCUAAGGCACUGCAUCGCAGUGCUAGCUGUGCCACUAGAGAUCCUGGUUCGAAUCCAGGCUCUGUCGUAGCCGGCCGUGACCGGGAGACCCAUGGGGCGGCGCGCAAUUGGCCCAGCGUCGUCCAGGGUAGGGGAGGGAAUGGCCGGCAGGGAUGUAGCUCAGUUGAUAGAGCAUGGCGUUUGCAACGCCAGGGUUGUGGGUUCGAUUCCCACAGGGGGUAUGAAAAAAAUAAUAAUAAUGUAAGUCGCUCUGGAUAAGAGCGUCUGCUAAAUGACGUAAAUGUAAAUGUAAAUGAAGCGAGGGCGCUGGCAUUAGUGUUGUGGGUCUAGCAGGAACGAAGGAGGCGGACCGCCUGUGGGCCCCACGGCGGAGCUCCACCACAGGAUCUUCUGCCGGGGAAUCUGAGACCUGGGUAAGAAUAGAACCCUCCCUCUUCUACCCGAUACCUCCCUGCAGUGGGCUAUGACGGCUGUGUGGUUUAUGCAGGAAUGAGUUCAUUCAGUUUCAUCUGAUCACAGGUGUACGGGUAUGCAAAUACAUAUAAAUACUAUAGUGAGCACCUAAACAUUUUACUGCUUAUAGCUUGUACAUCUUUCACUGACGAAGGUGAGAUCCUAUUUGAUUUUUUUUUGGACGGAGUCUUACUAGAUUCUUUUUGCAUUCUACAUUGUUCACUCAUAAACAGCAGUAGAGAGAAUGUGAUUGUUCUUCUAGUCUGAGCCUGCUACACUUGUUCAUGGUUACAAGCGUUUUAUAAUUCAGCCUUUUCUGUCUGUAUUAGUUGCAUUGCACUUUUUUUGGAUGAUAAUAUGGCCGACCGGUGGCUUCAAAGCUCUCGAUGGCCGAUACGUAGCAUCAGCAAUACAGGGUUUAUAUACACCAUUUGGUUGCAACAUGGUGUACACUGGACGACUGACAGGGGGCGCUGUUUUGAAGCCACUGUGCCACUAGCCACCCCCCCCCCCCUUCACCAUUUAUAAAAUGUUUUAUAGAAAUGCAUUUAUUCAUGUCUACAUUUUGUUUUUGCCACGUUUAUUCUAUUACAGACACCGUAAUGCAUACUUUUAAAUUAUGUGAGCUAAAUAAAAAUGAUAGAAAAUAUCUAAAAAUAUUUUAUUUUAAAGUAUCAUUUUUUUAGAAAGUACUAAUGUUACUUUUGUUGCUAUAUACUUUUGUCCUUGAAACAUUUUAAUUGAAAUAGUGUAUAAUUCCAUUCAUUCCUAUGGAGGACUGCUCCUACUGGGGAAUGCCAAUAUGACCGACCGGUGACUUCAAAGCUUCUCACCGGCCAAUACAUUUGGAAUAAGUGGGACACUUUUUGCAUUUCCGUCUUCUGUAACCUCUUUCGACCUCUACCCAACAUAUUAGGUCAACAUAAUACAUUUCUAAAAUCCUCAAGACGUUCCCUAAUCACAAAAAAAAUAUGUUUUAUCAUAUUCACAGGCGGCAUUACACAUCCAUUUGUGUACACUGGGUCAAAACCAUAUUUAGUAGACUGGGACAGCAUUAUUACAGUCCUAUUUGUACCCAAAUGACAAUUUUCAAUUUUGUGUGAUUAGGAAACAUCUGAGGAUAAUAUGUGAUGUCUGAAGAGGUCACAGGAGAUGGAAAUGCCAACUGUCAACACUUUAUUCUGAAUUCACUCUAAUAACUACUAAUAGCAGUAUUACAAUGAAACAUUGGCAGGACAAGAAACCAGAGCCCUGCCUAACCUAAGUACAGGAGUCCCUAAUGUAAACUGGAUCUCUUUCCUCUAUUGGAAAAGCCUAUGAGUGUCCCACUUUAGCUAGCUAUGGUUGGUAAAGCGGGAACAAAAAAAGACGAUUACAAAAUUGAAACAUAAUAUUGGCAACUUAAAAAAAUAAAAUAAAAAAAAAAGUAUUUUCAUGCACAUUUACAUCACAAGUUGGCACAGUGCAUUAUUUGACCGUUUUAGAACCUUAACAUCAAAACAGAAAGAAAAGCCGUGUCACCUGAUCGUAAUGUGAUUUGCCGGUUGAGCUUCCUGUUUGAAGCUUCCUCUGGCCCCUCUAUGAUGUCACACCAAUGAAGUGGUUUAGUUUUGAUUAUGUGGUUUCUCUGCAAGGGCUGAGUAACAAUAGUUUUGAUUUUUGGCUGUUUUCAGACCAAGAAAUAAACGCGUCAGGAUUAAGCUGUCCCAGUUUUAUAUGAUGUCCCACUCUUUCCCGAAUUCGUCCUAGCAUCAGCAAUCCAAGAUUUAUAUACAUCAUUGGUAGCAAAUGGGAUGUAAAUUACACAUGCCAUGUGACGACAGAGAAAAGUAGGCCAUUUAGUCUACCCAAUGUUUUCUGUGAAUACUUCUUUACUGAUACAUUUUAUGUCUACUUCUACUCCUACUGAAGUAAGUUAUUUGACUAGUGGUACCUUCUCUUGAGUACAGAGUUGGGGUACUCUACCCAGCCCUGUUAAUCAGUUGUCUUUAAUAAAGAAGGGAAAUUAAAGUGGCAAUCUGUGAUACCCAUUGAUUCUUGAAGAAUAUAACUUAGAAAUGCCUCAUGAGCUUAGUUAAACUGUCUACCAAUCAGAACCCAAAAUAUACAGUGAGCUUGUUUUUACUCCCGUUGUUUGUAAACAAUGUAAUUGUAAACCAACACUAUUCCUUCAAAACAUGACUAAAACAAUCAUUUUGAUCUCACGGAUGGUCAGUCCUUUCAUCCAUAGCCCCUUCAUAUGAAUUUGAGAGUGGUUACAUUUCUCCAGCCCCAUCCCUAAGCUGUUUACACAAAAAGGUGGCUGGGUGGCGGCUUUGGUACUGUUUGAAACACAUAUUGCCCCUUUUUUAAGCUGUAUUUGUUAGGCUUUGAACUGCUGAAUACUGUCAAUGAACUGACGGCUCGUGCAGUCCCUCUAAGCUUUCAUAUCUGACAUCCCAGGUUGUUUUAUAAAAAUUAAUUGCCCCAAUUAAAUUAAAGGAAAUAAGUUAUGUGGAUGCAAUGAAACGGAAGGUAGGUUAUUGGUAGUGUAAAACAAGCCACUAAUAUUUUAAGCUACAAUUUCCCUUCAACUAAUGGUCAAUACAUGUUAAUGGUUACAUUAGAUGUGUAGACAAUUUUAUAGAAAACUGAAGAGAACUCGGAACAAGUACCGUGAGUAAUGAGAUGAUUAUGCCUUUUUUGAUUGAAUGUAUGAAUCGCAUUUGUUAAUGAAUAAUUCUUAAUUAAUAGAAAUAUGCACAUUUGAGUGAGUUUAUGAUCAAAUGGUUUCCUUUUCUCCAAGAGGAGCUGAUUUGAGGGAUGUUACCUUUUCAGAUAUUGUUUGCGUAGAAAAAAGUUUUAUCACAACUUCUGAAUAUGACCCCUGUGUUUUUCAACCUGGUCCUGUGGACUGCAUAUUUCUGUUCCAGUUCAGCUUUACAUUUUAGUCAUUUAGCAUACUGGCCCCCCGUGGGAAUGACCCAUGACCCCACUUGAUUCAACUAAACCCAGCACUAGCGCACCUGAUUCAUUAAGCCCUUGAUUAGUUGAUGCAGGUGUGUUAGGGCUGGUCUGGGACAAACAUGUCCACACCUGAGCGUCCCCAAACCAGGAUUGUAAAACUGCUAUACUGCCUUACCAAGCAAAAGAGUAGUGACUGCUCAGAGAGUGAAACUAAGAAAAAUAACUUUUUAUUUUUUAUUUUAUUGUCCGGCCAAAUGAAUUGUAGGCAGGUCAUUGGAUAUGUGGUAAUCUGUUGUCUUACAAUGAGUUUGUUUUUUUUAUUCAUUUUUGACCCUGACCGCUGACAUGACCUUUGACCCUAGACGGCAGUUACUACCUUCUCGCCCACUGGAAUACGUUUCCUUUAAAAAAUUAAAAAAAAACACAAACGUGUUAAUAUAUUAUUUAUUUGUAUGUGGCUGUCAGUGUCAUAGUUUGAUACUUGUAUAAGCGAUGAACAAUAAAUAAGACCAAGGUUUACCGCUGCAGCCCAAAGCCAAGGUGAAACCAAGGUGAAAAGCAGUAACUAACACGAGUGAUGUCACUUCCUGCCUUUUUCCUUGUUUUCACUUGAACUUUUUUGCACUUACUGCAAACAUGACCCCCCCCCAACCAUAUUCUCCAUAAUACAACACAAUGGAGGCAGGAUAUUUGUCCACAUGAUAAAGCAUGUAUUUAAUGUAUAAAAAAAAAAAAUGUAAACUCAUUUUUGACCAAAUGUGCAGUUACUGCUCUUUUGCUAAGUAGGGCAGUAUAGACCAGUCACUUUUGGCACAGACACUUUUAUUUUUAUUAUUUUGAACUCCUGUAGCUUACGAUGAAACAUAAUUACCGACGCCAACGGUAGCCGUACACAUACCUGCUUUUGAACUGUAGUCUACAACUUGAACAAUAAUGUAAAAUGUGUUUAUACAAUGUUAACCAUACAUGGCAUACUGCAGGUAAAAACCACAUUUACGUAUUAUAGAUGGUCCUGUGUGGCUCCAACAGUUGGUAGAGCAUGUUGAUUGCAUCAUCAGGGUUGUGGGUUCGAAUCCCACUGGAACCACCCAUAUGAAAAUGUAUGCGUGCCUACUGUAAGGAGCUUUGGAUAAAAGCAUCUUCUAAUUGGCAAUUUGGCAUAUCAUAUUAUAAAAACACCAUAUCCGCUAUGAUACUAUUUAUUAUAAUACACACUCGAAUUGAUGAUGUUUUGGAGAGAAAAAAAUCCAUGAGCUAUGCCUAGUCCACCUCCUGAGUACAUCUGUCAGAACUUAUGGUCCAAACUGCUUCCAUCCUUCCAGCAGGGCUCAACACCUGCUCAUUUUCUACCCGUGGGGGAAACCAGUGCCCUUUUCACACUGUCGUACCUGCUGGAACCAAACUGCUGGCUCCGGUACUCAGGCCAGCUGAGUACAACUUGGUUUGGCUCGGUUCAGUAGCGUGAGAAGACCUGAGGUGUGGACAAUCAGUAACAUGAAUUGAUCAAGUAGGUGACAGGGAGAAUUUCAAACCAGCAGGGCAGGAUAUAACUCAAGGGGAUGAGUUCAUGCACUAUACUGAUCACAGAAUGACAUGAGCUAAGGGUCUCAUCAUCGUUCUGGAACUCCAGCACACCCUAGUGAGCAAAACCUCUGAUGGAAGAAUUACAACUGAAACAGUGGGGGGCCUAUUCUCUCUGGUCAAUCACUGCCAAUGGUCACCCAGGUGCCCUCCAGACUGCCACAAAUACCUUGUAUCUGCAUGUCAGAGCAGUCUUAGUCGUCUUCCAUCAGUGUCUAUAUACUGAAUAUUUCUCAAUGCACACCAUUGCUUAUUGCACUGCACUGACACACACUGGGUAACUUGAGCUCAUUUGACUCUUUUUGAAUCACGUCCCAUAAAUACUAGAUAUGCUCACUACCCCACCUAGAAUAUGAGUGUUAUUGUCAGUAGCGACAGCGUAGCAAUAAAAAAAAAAAGUAAGUUUUUCACUGAUUCUUUGAGCUCACAACUGAUGUAAAUCGGAAUUAUACUGGAGUUUUGUGUCAGGUGAUGAGUAUGAAAAUGUAUGCACUCACUAACUGUAAGUGGCUCUGGAUAAGAGCGUCUGCUAAAUGACUUAAAAUGUAAAAUGCAAUGAGUAUAAAGUUCAUACUCGCCUGUAAUGAGUGAUGUAUGGUCAGAAUAAAACCGAGACCUAAAGCACUGAGCAUUUGAGUUGUUCUGACAUCAGUAACAACGCUGGGUUGUGAUCUGUGAUGACGGUCAUAGCGUGAACAAUACAACUCUAUUUGUCAAUUUGUUGCAACAGAAAGCUCUGCUCUUAUCUCACGACCCACCGCCCAGACAACACACACGUCUAUCGGGAGCCCAGGGUCCGCCGCAGUACCACGUCCCUGGAGCAAUUGUUGGGCUUAAGUGUCUUGCCCAAGGGCACAGCGGUAGGAGACUGUGUCUAGGAUAUGACACCAACAGCCCUCCAGAUGCCAGUUUAUCAAUGUAAAUAGUCCGGGUGGCCAUUUUUGAUUAAUUGUUUAAUUGUUCAGCAGUCUUAUAGCUUGGGGGUAGAAGCUGUUAAGGAGCCUUUUGGACCUAGACUUGGCGCUCCGGUAUCGCUUGCCGUGCGGUAGCAGAGAGAACAGUCUAUGACUAGGGUGACUGGAGUCUUUGACUAUUUUUUUGGUCCUUCCUGUGACACCGCCUGGUAUAGAGGUCCUGGAUGGCAGGAAGCUUGGCCCCCCAGUGAUGUACUGGGCCGUACGCACUACCCUCUGUAGCGUCUUACGGUUGGAUGCCGAGCAGUUGACGUUGAUCAACGAGAUUUCAACCUUUUAUUCACCCACUCAAAGACAGCCAGAUGUUUAUUGAAAUCCCAAUGUGUCAUUACUAUGUUUUUAAUUUCCCGUUGGCAGUUUACAGGUGAAUAAAAAAAAAGGUUUUAUAGUAAAGACGUAAUAUACAGUGCAUUCAGCUUUUGCUUUCAAAGCUGCUCAAUCAUAGAACGUGUACAGUUCAUUCAGAUAGUAUUCAGACCCCUUGACUUUUUCAAAAUUUUGUUACGUAACAGCCUUUUUCUAAAAUGGAUUAAAUAGUUUUUUUCCCCCCUCAAUCUACACACAAUACCCCAUAAUGACAAAGCAAAAACAAGUUUAGACAUUUUUGAAAAAUGUAUUACAAAUAAAAAAACAGAAAUUAUAUUUACAUAAGUAUUCAGACCCUUUACUCAGUACUUUAUUGAAGCACCCUUGGCAGCGAUUACAGCCUUGAGUCUUCUUGGGUAUGAUGCUACAAGCUUGGCACACCUAUAUUUGGGGAGUUUCUCCCAUUCUUCUCUGCCAAUCCUCUCAAGCUCUGUCAGGUUGGAUGGGGAAUCAUCGCUGCAAGCUAUUUUCAGGUCUCUCCAGAGAUGUUCAAUCGGGUUCAAGUCCAAAGCCACUCCUGCGUCUGACAUGCACUGUCAACUGUGGGUCCUUACAUAGACAGGUGUGUGCCUUUCCAAAUCAUGUCCAAUCAAUUGAAUUUACCACAGGUGGACGCCAAUAAAGUUAUAGACACAUCUCAAGGACGAUCAAUGGAAACAAGAUGCACCUGAGCUCAAUUUUGCCAGAGAUGUUCAAUCGGGUUCAAGUCCAAAGCCACUCCUGCGUCUGACAUGCACUGUCAACUGUGGGUCCUUAUAUAGACAGGCGUGUGCCUUUCCAAAUCAUGUCCAAUCAAUUGAAUUUACCACAGGUGGACGCCAAUAAAGUUAUAGACACAUCUCAAGGACGAUCAAUGGAAACAAGAUGCACCUGAGCUCAAUUUUGAGUCUCACCAGAGAAAGCAUCCGAGCGGGCGAAACAGCGCCCCUCUGUCUUGCUAUAUAUAGCCCAUGUAUUUGAUGCUGUCUGGCCAAAAAUAGUAUGACAUGCCAUGGGCCUCAACGUCAGUAUUAUCACCUCUCUUUUUACUAAAGAAAUGUAAUUAUUCUGUUAAAAUUAAAAUAUUUUCUCUGAAAGCGCCUCAUUGCUGCAGGUUAAUUUGAAUUAAAGUCACGUUUGCAAUCAUAUUGUGUGAAACAAUGCACGGGAACUCUGUCAGGGUGGAAUAGUCCAUUAUUAUGAACCAGUACAUGGGUGAUUAAUGACACUUGUUUCUACUAUUAUGAGAAAAACGUGGAUUAUAUUGAUAUUAAAUAUAUGUAUGGAAAUUAUUGAUUUAUUAUCAAUUAUUAUUUGGCUGUAUAUGGAUUCAUUAACUUUUUUGGAGGCCUUUUUUGUCAACAAUGUGGCCUCAUUAACCCCCCCCCCCCCAUUUCCUUUGCAACUUUGAAGCUUCCUGCAGAUUUUGCUGCUGGAGGGGAGGGGAGGAGAGGGGGGGUUUGGGGGCCUAGAGCGGAACAUGGGGGGGCCUCAAGCGGACAAAUGUUAUUUAUUUAUUUAUUUAUUUAUUUAUUUAUUUUUAUAUAUAUAAAACUACCAUUCAAAAGUUUGGGGUCACUUAGAAAUGUCCUUGUUUUCGAAAGAAAAGCCAUUUUUUGGUCCAUUAAAAUGACAUCAAAUUGAUCAGAAAUACAGUGUAGACAUUGUUAAUGUUGUAAAUGGCUAUUGUAGCUGGAAACGGCAGAUUUUUAAUGGAAUAUCUACAUAGGCGUACAGAGGCCCAUUAUCAGCAACCAUCAGUCCUGUGUUCCAAUGGCACGCUGUGUUUGCUAAUCCAAGUUUAUCAUUUUAAAAGGCUAAUUGAUCAUUAGAAAACCAUUUUGCAAUUAUGUUAGCACAGCUGAAAACUGUUGUGCUGAUUAAAUAUGCAAUAAAACUGGCCUUCUUGAGACUAGUUGAGUAUCUGGAGCAUCAGCAAUUGUGGAUUCGAUUACAGGCUCAAAAUGGCCAGAAACAAAUACGUUUCUUCUGAAACUUGUCAGUCUAUUCUUGUUCUGAGAAAUGAAGGCUAUUCCAUGCGAGAAAUUGCCAAGAAACUGAAGAUCUCGUACAACGCUGUGUACUACUCCCUUCACAGAACAUUGCAAACGGACUCUAACCAGAAUAGAAAGAGGAGUGAGUGGGAGGCCCCGGUGCACAACUGCGCACGAUUACAAAUACAUUAGUGUCUAGUUUGAGAAACAGGCACCUCACAGGUCCUCAACUGGCAGCUUCAUUAAAUAGUACCCGCAAAACUCCAGUCUCAACGUCAACAGUGAAGAGGCGACUCCGGGAUGCUGACCUUCUAGGCAGAGUUGCAAAGAAAAAGCCACAUCUCAGACUGCCCAUCUUAAUAUUUUCUUUUUAUUGCUUAGUCUGAUAUGGCUUUUUAUUUGCACAUUUCAAAUAGGCCUAAAUAGUACUGUAUCAUUGAUGAUAUCAUGAGGUAUGGUUACAUUUCAUUUUCUCUGUUAAACAUACUCUUUGGAAUGACUUCGAUUGGAACAGUGAAUCCAUUUAGUUAAUAGAUCCCUCAAUAAUAAUUCUCACCAUAGCACAUUUGUAGUAGUCAGUGACAAAUAUCAAAGCUAAGCAGCGCUGGGCUUGGUUAAAACCUUGGAUGGGAGACCAAAUGGUAGCUGUAGUUAUAUCUCCCGAGUGGCGCAGUGGUCUAAGGCACUGCAUCGCAGUGCUAGCUGUGCCACUAGAGAUCCUGGUUCGAAUCCAGGCUCUGUCGUAGCCGGCCGCGACCGGGAGACCCAUGGGGCGGCGCACAAUUGGCCCUGCGUCGUCCAGGGUAGGGGAGGGAAUGGCCGGCAGGGAUGUAGCUCAGUUGGUAGAGCAUGGCGUUUGCAGCGCCAAGGUUGUGGGUUCAAUUCCCAUGGGGGGCCAGUAUGAAAAAUUAAAAAAGAAUGUAUGCACUCACUAACUGUAAGUCUGCUAAAUGACUAAAAUGUAAAUGUAUAUCAAUUCUCCAGUAGGAGGUGCUACCCAGCCUGUUGUUUUUUCUGAUAGUGCAUAUAGUGUUGAAGAUCUGACGUUGUUUUAAAGGUACAUAUUUUAUACAAGAUGUUCAUUGGUUACCAUGAUGACAUAAUCCUGUAGUUGAAUUUUCAGGUUGAUUACUUUUUCAAAUCCAAUGUAUUUUCCACGUAGAUUCCACGUCACAACGUUGACAAAUUUACGUUGAAACAACCAGUUUGUGUCCAGUGGGAUAUGUGUCUGUGUAUUAUUGUACUCAGCUUCGCGUCGUUUUAAGAGUAGACCUUGGCCGUGUGUUAUUGUGUCGUUUUAAGAGUAGACCUUGGCCGUGUGUUAUUGUGUCGUUUUAAGAGUAGACCUUGGCCGUGUGUUAUUGUGUCGUUUUAAGAGUAGACCUUGGCCGUGUGUUAUUGCGUCAUUUUAAGAGUAGACCUUGGCCGUGUGUUAUUCACAAUGAUGCACAGGUUGUCUUGACGGGUGCUGGGGUGCACUGUGUAAUGUUUAUAAUGUUUUUGAUGCACUCCACAUAUUUCCAUAAUUUUAACAGAACUAUGAUUGUCCCAAGACAACAGAGAAAGUUGUUCAAGUCUUUAACAGUGAUAUUCUUGUGUUUCUGCGUCUCCAGGUGCCUCCAGUCCAGCCGGGUGGGUCUAUGGGUGGUCCCCCUGGAUUCCCUGGCCCUCCCCCCUCCCUCACCCCCGGUGGACCCCCUCCCUUCCUGCCCGCUGGCUUCAACCCCACACAGAUUCCUCCAGGUAACACGUGGAACUGAACCAAAUGAACAACUAGAGGAUCACAAACAAACAUUCUCCUUCCCCCCUCUGAUUUGUCGUUGUAGAAUUAUAACAUAUUUGUUAUGAAAUUGACGAGGUCCAAACCUAAUAAGACCCAACCUUUAUGAUCACGAACAUGUUUGAAGUUUUUUGUAAGUAAUUUGUUGUUGUCAAUUGUAUGAAACAGGUUUUGUUUGAGGUGCUCUUGGUGUUUGUCUCUGCAGGUUUCCCUCCUCCUGUAGUGGGCGGGCCAGGGAGCACCAAAGAUGACUCUGGGUCUAAAGACCAGGCUGGAGGGCGUGGUGGCCCCUCCGGCCCCUCAGAAGCUCCAGACAGCCAGCUGGGAGCUCCAGGGCCAGGGGCCGUGAUGAGUCCUCCAGGCCCAGCAGGGUUACUGGUUCCCAGGCCGGCCAUGCUGCCCAUGCAGCCUCCUCCAGGACUACCACCCCCACACAUCCAGCCCCACUUCCUCCCACACCUCCACCCCCCCAACAUGCCCCCCAUGAUGAUGGGCCCCAGGGGCCCCAACUCCAUGUUCCCCCGCAGGGGGGGUCCUCCAGGUGGGUUCAGGAUGCCCAUGGGCCACCCUUCCAUGGAGGACUUUCCUCACGGACCCCCCAGACAUCCCUUCCAGCCGGGACCCCCCGGGGAAGAAGAGGGCGACUGGGAGGGCGGGAGACACUUCCGGGGUGGGAGACACUUCAUGGGCGAGAGGCCAGGGUUUGGGGGACGUGACAGGGAUGGGGGGAGGUUUGGGGAACAGGGGAGAGGGUUCCCUAGAGGAGGAGGAGGAGGAGGGGAGGGGGAAAUGGUUGGUCCAGAGACGGGCAUGAGGGGAGGGACCGCUUCA